UCUUGAGGAAACCGAAGGUGUUUUACUUAUAUUAAAUCAAAGUUGGGAUUUUUAUUUUCUCCAUUCUUCACCUUCUCUAUAAAUCCUCUGUUUCGGUGAUCGUAAAAGAAACAUCUUUUUCUGAGAUUUCUUCGAAGUUUCUCCUCUCUCAAUCUCGUUGAAUUUUUAGGGAUUUGGGUUUCAUUAAAGCAUCCUGAUUUGGAAGGUAUUUGUUACUUUCCUUUUGUCUUCUUCGUUAAAAAAAUCCAAUCUUUGUUGUCUGGUCAUUAUGGGUACUAGUAAUUGGAGAAGACAAAAACCCAGAUACAACAACAACAAUUCUAAUCAUAAUUAUAUUCAUCAACGAGGGACGACGACGAUGACGACUCUAUCUUCUUCUAAGCCACCUCUUGGUAAUAAUUGCAAACUCUCUGUUCCGGCAUGGGAGAAAGAUUUCUGUGCUGUGAUUGGUUCUGUUCCGUGGUGGAAAGUUGUUGAGGCGAAGCGGUUUAUGCACUUAUACGAUAGAGUGGUCCAAUGGGAUGACUCGGCUGGUGAAGAAGCAUUCAAUAUUGCUAAAUCCCGUUUCUAUGCUGAGAUUAAUGGUUUUACUUGUGACUUAUCUUUGCCUGAUCCUGAUGUCUACAUUGAUGAUGUUGAUUGGGAUGCUGAAGUUGACGCUGAGCUGAUUCUUGACCUUGAACGUGGUCCAGACCUUAUACCAGAUGAUAAAGAAGAGCAUGUUGUGAUUCUCGAUGGUUUAGUCUUGUCUGGACAGUGUGGUGGGCUCGGUUGGGGUACUGGUUGGGGAGAUGCUGAAGGGAUUAAUGAGGAUAAUGUUGGAACUGGUAAACCUGAAAACUCAUGGGAUGAUCAGAAGUGUGAUGGAUGGAAUGAUGAUUCUUGGGGGAUAAAGGAGAACACUGAAUCUUGGGAUCAGAACAACAACAACAACAACAGCUUCAAAAUCGAAUCUUGGGGUCAAAAGAACAACAGCAACAGCUUCAAAACCGAAUAUUGGGAUCAAAAGAACAACAACAACAGCUUCAAAACCGAAUCUUGGGAUCAAAAGAACAUCAACAGCUUUAACCAGAACAGUAGGGAUCAAGGAAGAGAGAGCAGAGGGUGGAGAAAGAGAGGAGAAGUGCGACAUGGAGGAGAUCGAGUUGAGGAUUGUCGAUGGAGGAAUGGGAGAGGGAGAAGCAGAGGCGGCGGGUUUCAACAACAUUCAAGUGGUUGGGGUUGGACUGAAUCUUUCUAAUAUCAAAUAGAGCGUUUCUGUUUGAUGAACAUUUUUUUGAGGAAAGAGCCAUAGUAUUAGGUUAACUAUAUAGUGUUAAGUGUUGUGUGUGUGUGGGUGUGGGUGUGUAGGAGUCAAAAAUCAUAUUGAUGGCUCAAAAUUGUUUUGUCUGAACGUUACUGAGGAUCUUAUCACUUUACUGAUAUGCGUAUAUAGAAGAAGUGUUUGGAUGA